AACAUUCUCAUGCCAUUGGUAUGGUUGAGCGUUGUUGAAGACCUACCGACGGCCGACAUCGCGUCAUUGCAGGCCUUGAAAAAGUGCCCCACUUAAUUUCAUCUCGGUACAUGCGCAUGGUGGGAUACCGGCAGUAAUAAACUGGCCUUAACAUUGUUGCAUAACAAAGACCGACACACACCCUUUCGCCCACUAUAAUUUCUUCCUCGAUAUAGCUCUGAUAUACACCGUGUUUGCUCAACAUUGCCCAUCAUGGUCCAUGUCAACGGCGAGGUGAAGGGUCAGGACACCUUCCUCUUCACUUCUGAAUCGGUGGGACAAGGCCACCCGGACAAGCUCGCGGACCAGGUCUCUGAUGCCGUGCUCGAUGCCUGUCUCAAGGAUGACCCGCUCUCCAAGGUCGCGUGCGAGACGGCCACCAAGACUGGCAUGGUAAUGGUGUUUGGCGAGAUCACGACCAAGACCAAGUUGGACUACCAAAAGAUCAUCCGCAAUGCCAUCAAGGACAUUGGGUAUGACGACUCAUCCAAGGGUUUCGAUUACAAGACGUGCAAUGUGCUGGUUGCCAUUGAGGAGCAGAGCCCGGAUAUCGCACAGGGUCUGCACUACGAGGAGGCACUGGAGAAGCUCGGUGCGGGUGAUCAGGGUAUCAUGUUCGGCUAUGCUACGGAUGAGACGCCGGAGCUGCUGCCUUUGACGCUGCAACUUGCGCAUAAGCUCAACAAGGCGAUGACAGACGCCCGUAAUGACGGCUCGCUCCCCUGGCUAAGGCCCGACACCAAGACGCAAGUUACCGUGGAAUACAAGCACGAUGGAGGAGCCGUGGUGCCGCUCCGAGUUGACACAGUCGUCGUGUCCGCACAGCACAGCGCAGACAUCAGCGUGGAGCAGCUCCGGAAAGAGAUCAAGGAGAAGAUCAUCCUCAAGUCCAUCCCAGAGAAGUACAUUGACGACAAGACCAUCUAUCACAUUCAACCCUCCGGCCUCUUCAUCAUCGGCGGUCCUCAAGGUGAUGCCGGCCUUACUGGUCGCAAGAUUAUUGUCGACACCUACGGCGGCUGGGGUGCUCACGGCGGUGGUGCCUUCUCCGGCAAGGACUACAGCAAAGUCGACCGCUCCGCCGCUUACCUCGCCCGCUGGAUCGCCAAGUCGCUCGUGCACUCUAAGCUCGCCCGCCGGGCGCUCGUGCAGCUCUCGUACGCCAUUGGUGUCGCUGAACCGCUGUCGCUGUUCGUCGAGUCGUACGGCACUUCGGACAAGAGCUCUGACGAGCUGGUCAAGAUCAUCCGGGAGAACUUCGAUAUGAGACCCGGUGUUAUCGUCAAGGAGUUGGAUCUGGCGAAGCCGAUCUACUGCGAGACGGCGAAGAAUGGCCAUUUCACCAACCAGAACUUCAACUGGGAGAAGCCGAAGACGCUGAAGUACUAA